UUCUGGUCUUCUUGCGUGUAGCAAAUAUUAAAGUGUUUACAAAAUGGAAAGAGAAUAGUCAUUUAUAAAGUUGAAACAUGAAACAGAAACACGUCCUGAAUUGUCAACUCCCGACUUGGUAUAAUGGUUUCAAAAACUGUUCAAUACGAAGCAAAAUAAUUCCUCUUCAAGCUGAAUUUAUUGACUAUUUAAAUCAAGAUGGCGUCGUAUUGCCAGGCAAUGAAAAUGAGGAGGGAAUACAAUGUGACAGUGAUUCUGAGUCUGAAGAUUGGACAGCAGCAGACGAUUGCAACACAGCAACGGCAACUGCCCCAGAUUUUACUGAGCUUACAAAGAAAAUUGAAGAUGCUAUAAAAGACCUAGGAGGUGAAGCCUUUCCUAAACUAAACUGGAGUGCUCCCAGAGAUGCUGCUUGGAUUAGUUACAAUGGCACUUUGAAGUGCACAACUGCUUCAGAUGUAUACUUACUGUUGAAUAGCUCAGAUAGAGUAAGUCAUGAUAUUAAUCAUCCAUUCAGAAAAUGUGAAGAUGGGGAAGAUAACACCUUGAUGGAAUCAUCUGGAUUUGUCUUGGUUCUCAGAAAGUGGCAAGAAAUAUCUUCCUCAACAGAGUUUCGUUGUUUCGUUAAGAAAGGUCAUAUAAUAGCCAUAUCACAACGUGACACAGCCAGUCAUUACCCGUAUAUUGCCCAAAACUAUGAUGAAAUACACUCCCGGAUCAAGGAAUUUUUUCAGAAAAAGAUAUGUGGCAAAUUUCCAGAUAAUAGUUAUGUAUUUGAUAUAUACCUCAAGUCAAGUCAAGUAAUAAAACUGGUGGAUUUUAAUCCUUUUGGAAACAUAACAGAUCCUCUGCUCUUCACGUGGGAUGAGUUGUCCAAAGUUGAACCAGACGAGCAAGCUGAAUCAGUGGAAACGAUGUUUAGAUUUGUAACAAGUAACACUGGUGUUCAACCCAGUCCAUUCCUCAGCAGUCGAAUUCCAAGAGAGAGCUUGAAUUUGGUAUCUAGUGAUGAUAUCAACAAAAUGGUUGAUUUUCUCAAGACUACUGAACUUAUUGGUGAAAGUCAAGCUACUAAUAAUGAGUAACUUUAUCAGUGAAUGUCAAAACUAACAGUGAAAGUCAAACCAAGAAUGAAUAGCACUAUUAUAUUAUUAUUAUUAUACUUAUAUGGGUAAACUUUAUUAAAUGGUGUUAUACAUGUAGUAGCACUUCUUCUGUCUACAUAGAAAUAGCUAUAGCUGAGUGAUUGUUGUCAAAUUCCCCUGAUUUUUAAAGAAUUGGGAAUUUGAAUUAAGCUGUUCUAUACUAAAAAUUAUAAUUACAUGUAAAUGUUUAUAUUAACAUUUCUAACAGGUAAAUCUUACGGUUGCUUUACCUGGGUGGGACAAGGGACCUAUACAAGUAAUGUGUUAUUAGCUAUAUAUAUUAUAUAGUCAUGGGUGCACGAAAGUAGAAUGUAGACAUUCAAUUUUUAUGGCGUGCAUGAGAGGCCUAAUGCAAACAGACAACUAUCAAGCUGGAUGGCCACAGUGCAUGUUCAAACAUGGCAUUAAUCAUACAUUCUGAUAGCUAAGGCCAUCAAGGGGGAAGGCACUUUGCCCUGGGCCCCCAGUUCAAAAUAAAGCGGGGGGCAACGAAGACCCUUAAAUUUUUUGAUACAAGAUUGCUUACCUAUGCAAUAAAGUGUAAUAUAUUGUAAAACACCACUUCUCUCAUUUUACACUUAUGACGUCAUAAGGGCCCCCUGGGAAAUUUUUGCCCCGGGCUCCGCGCAACCUCUUGGCGGUCCUGCUGGCAAGCAGCCCCGAAAUCUUCACAUUCCGUCGUCUCAGCCCGAUUUAUCCUAAGUCACUGUCAAAGUAUCUCUGAAUUAUACCUAAUUUCCAGUUCUUGCUGUCCAUGUCCUAAUUUCCUUGUUCUUACGACCAUAUCAGUACGAUAUGGUCGUAACGGUUGCAAAGAUAGGGUCACGAUCUUUUCUGAAUCAGUUUUUGAUUCAGUUGAUUUUAGUGAAAAAUUCGUCCUAGCUUUACCCAGAGCCUCACACGACGCUACAGUUGCUCGGAAUAUAAGAUAUUGCACCAAUAGCCCCAAUUGACUGGAUUUGGUCAGAUCCGUUUACUUUGGUGCGUUAAGGCCACUUUCCA